AUGACUACGUCGGCGGCGGCGACGACGGACUUUCCCACCAUUAUCGAACUGAACGUCGGCGGCGUGUUCUACACGACGUCGCUAAAGACGAUCUGCAACGACCCGGACUCGCUGCUGUGCCACAUGUUCACGGGAAAGGCGAAGCGUCCUCUGCGCGACGGCAAGGGCAAGUAUUUCAUCGACCGCGACGGGGUGCUCUUCCGCUACGUUCUCGACUACAUACGAAACCAGCGACUCGUUCUACCGGAGAACUUUCACGAGAAAGAAAGACUCCGUAGCGAAGCAGAGAGCUUCAAACUUGAUUCGAUGGUAGCGAGCAUCGAGAAGGCAGUCAUCUCCCACACGCACCAGGGCGUCUCCUCAUCCUCAUCCUCUUCCGCCGCUCCGUCGACGACGACGUCGCGGUGCGGGUACAUCACCGUCGGCUACCGCGGCACGUUCGCGUUCGGUCGCGACGGCCUCGCCGACGUCAAAUUCCGCAAGCUCUCGCGAAUUCUCGUCUGCGGACGAGUGUCGCUGUGUCGGGCCGUGUUCGUCGACACGCUGAACGAGAGCCGAGACCCGGACCGCGGCAGCGACGACCGCUACACGUCGCGUUUCUUUCUCAAGCACAACUUCCUCGAGCAGGCUUUCGACAAUCUGUCCGACGCUGGGUUCACGUUGCUGACGGCCUGCGCGAGCGGCACGAGUAGCGGACUGCAGCAGCCGGACGUCGGUAAGAACCAGGCGGUGGUGCAGUUCGACUCGGAGGAGAACAAGUGGAACCACUACAACGAAUUCAUCUUCUAUCGGCCCUGA